UCCUCCUCCUCCGUUUCUCCCGAAGUCCAGGCUCCGCCUGUUUCCCUCCUCCAGGGCAGCCUCAGCCCCCUCCUGUCUUCUGUGCCUCUGCUACUUCUGCUGAAGGAGGAGGCUCCAUGUUGUCCCCUCAGCGAACUGCAGCGGUGGCAUCGAGAGGAGCAGGUGAUGCGAUGGAGAAUGGAAAACCUGGUCCAGUGCAGGUUGUUUUGGUUCAUAAAGAGCAACAUUCCUUUGAGCUAGAAGAGAGAGCCUUGGCCAGCAUCCUCCUCCAAGACCAUAUCCGAGAUCUUGAUGUGGUGGUAGUAUCAGUGGCUGGUGCUUUUCGAAAGGGCAAAUCCUUCAUUCUGGACUUUAUGCUGCGAUACUUAAAUUCUCAGAAGGAAGGUGGUCAUUCAAAUUGGUUGGGUGACCCAGAAGAACCACUGACAGGAUUUUCAUGGCGAGGAGGCUCUGACCCAGAAACUACUGGGAUUCAGAUUUGGAGUGAAGUUUUCACUGUGACGAAGCCAUGUGGGAAAAAGGUUGCGGUUGUUCUGAUGGAUACCCAGGGGGCCUUUGACAGCCAGUCAACUGUGAAGGAUUGUGCUACCAUUUUUGCUCUAAGCACUAUGACUAGUUCUGUUCAGAUUUACAAUUUGUCCCAGAAUAUUCAGGAAGAUGAUCUUCAGCAGCUACAGCUCUUCACAGAAUAUGGCCGUCUAGCAAUGGAUGAAAUUUUCCAAAAGCCUUUCCAGACACUGAUGUUUUUGAUUCGAGAUUGGAGUUUCCCUUAUGAAUAUAACUAUGGAUUGCAAGGAGGAAUGGCAUUUUUGGAUAAGCGUUUACAUGUGAAAGAACAUCAACAUGAAGAAAUUCAGAAUGUUCGAAAUCAUAUUCACUCAUGUUUCUCCGAUGUCACCUGUUUUCUCUUACCACAUCCUGGACUUCAGGUGGCCACAAGCCCCAACUUUGAUGGGAAGUUGAAAGAUAUUGCCAGUGAAUUCAAAGAGCAGUUACAGGCUCUAAUACCAUAUGUACUAAAUCCAUCUAAAUUAAUGGAGAAGGAGAUCAAUGGUUCAAAAGUCACCUGCCGGGGACUCUUGGAAUAUUUUAAGGCAUAUAUUAAAAUUUAUCAAGGAGAAGAUCUUCCUCACCCAAAAUCCAUGCUUCAGGCCACUGCUGAAGCCAACAAUUUGGCAGCUGCAGCCUCUGCCAAAGAUAUUUAUUACAACAACAUGGAAGAGAUUUGUGGGGGAGAGAAACCUUAUUUGUCUCCAGACAUUUUAGAAGACAAGCACCAAGAAUUCAAACAACUUUCUCUGGACCACUUUAAGAAGAUCAAAAAGAUGGGUGGGAAGGAUUUCAGCUUCCGUUACCAGCAGGAGCUGGAGGAGGAAAUCCAAGAACUGUAUGAGAACUUCUGCAAGCACAAUGGCAGCAAGAAUGUCUUCAGUACCUUCCGAACCCCUGCGGUCCUGUUCACAGGCAUAGCAGCGUUGUACAUAGCCUCGGGCUUCACGGGCUUCAUUGGGCUUGAGGUUGUGGCCCAGCUGUUCAACUGUAUGGUUGGACUGCUGUUAAUAGCACUCCUUACCUGGGGGUACAUCAGAUACUCCGGGCAGUAUCGUGAGCUGGGUGGAGCGAUUGACUCCGGUGCAGCAUAUGUGUUAGAGCAGGCUUCUUCUCAUAUUGGUAAUUCUACUCAGGCUGCAGUAAGGGAUGCCGUUGUUGGGAGACCACCUGCUGAUAAAAAAUCUCAAUAGCAUCUUAAUGGGAAGAUCGAACAAGAGCCCAGUCAGCUUCUGGAUUCCUGCCAACGCCAUCACAGGUCCAGUUCCAGAGGAAUGGCAGAUCUGAGAUCAUCUUGGAAGAUCUGAUACAGGGCACUGGAAUAAAUGAACUGAUCUCUGCUGUGGUUUCCAACUCCA